GCGGGGCUUACCGUGGCUAAUCGUGUGUCAACACUUUAUUCCGGAUUUAACUUCACGAUCUGUAUAAAAGUGAGAAACCAGUAGAUUCCAGGUCUCAGCUGUCGUCUGAUGGGCUCAUGAGAACAUCGGAGAGAGAAGAGUCAGUUCCCGAAGCAUCAUGGCCGCUGUUGAGGAGCAGCCUGAGAAACACUGCUGGGUGUGUUUUGCCACAGAGCGGGACGACCACAGCGCGGAGUGGGUGAGUCCCUGCCGGUGUAAAGGCUGCACCAAAUGGAUCCAUCAGUCGUGCCUGCAGCGCUGGCUGGACGAGAAGCAGAAAGGCAACAGUGGGGGGGCAGUGAGCUGUCCGCAGUGUGGCACCGAAUACCACGUCGUCUUCCCCAAGAUGGGCCCCUUAGUGUACUUCCUGCAGCAGGUGGACCGGGCUCUGUCUCGAGUCAGUCCCUUCGCAGCUGUGGGGGUGGUGGUCGGGACGGUGUACUGGUCAGCCGUCACAUACGGAGCUGUGACCGUCAUGCAGGUUGUGGGUCAUAAGAAGGGUCUGUAUGUGAUGGAGCGAGCCGACCCGCUCUUCUUGCUGAUGGGUCUGCCCACCAUCCCUGUGGUGCUGGUCCUGGGAAAGAUGAUCCGCUGGGAGGAUUAUUUAAUUCGACUGUGGCACAAACGCAACCUUCCUCCAGGUAGCUACCGCUAUCUGCCUCGUCUACCUGCCGACGGCCCCGGGGCCGGGGACCACCUCUCCGUGUCCAGGACUCUGUGCGGGGCGCUCAUCUUUCCCUCCAUCGCCAGUCUGGUCGGGAGGAUUCUGUUUCGACGGGUUUCAUCGAAUCUGCAUCGAACGAUGCUGGGGGGCCUGGUGUUCGUGCUGAUCAAAGGAGUUCUGAAGGUGUAUUUCAAACAGCAGCAGUACAUCGUCCAGGCCAACAGGAACAUCCUCAACUACCCUGAGAGAAACAGAAAUGGACAGAACGAAGGUGGCGAGGUGGACACCGAGGACACCGAGGACACCGAGGAGAGUGGAAACGAGUAGCCGGAGCUGGAGUCGAUGUCAGAGACGAUUUUAUAAAAAGACAAAUGUAUUUUUAUCGUGAAACAAAAAGCAGAACUCAGGAGACUGGUUUUGGCACCAGUGGCAGUUGGGAUAUCAUAAUUCAUGGACACCAGUAUAAAGUCUGACAUUU